CUGCGAGCGGCUCGUGUGUGGUUUCCUUUUCCUUCAUUUCCCGGCGGCCCCGGCCGGGCGUAGGAGCAGAGCCUGGACCCUCACCCAGGGCCUCGCCUAGUGCGUGGUCCCCAGGGCGCGGUUUCUCCUGGACCCACCCCAUAAAGCGCUUAGCUCUUCCGUGCAAGCCCAAAGCAAUCCAAAUGGUGAGGCACGCCUUUUAAUCCCGGCUCGCGGGAGGCAGAGGCAGGAGGAUCACUGUGAGUUCGAGACCACCCAGUGAAUUCCAGAGCUGUUCAGGGUUAGCAGGAUGCCACUGCCCAGCCAGUCUGAGUCUAGUCGUGGUGAGGAACAUGAGACCCCGUCCCUCUUCUGGGGUCUGGAUCCUUUGUUUCUAGCCUUUGCAAAACUCUACAUCAGGGAUAUCCAGAUUAUGAAGGAGUCCCAUCAAGUGCCAGGUAUUUUUUUUUACAAUGGACAUCCAGUAAAACGAGUUGAUGUCAUGGGACUUGUCGUUGCAGUGAGAGAGAGAGACGCUUUCUACAGUUACGGAGUGGAUGAUGCCACUGGGGUUAUAAACUGUAUCUGCUGGAAAAAGAGUGAUGCCAAGCCUUCACCAGCUGCUCCAAGCACAGCAAGAGAUCUGACCAUGACCUCACGGCUUAAGAAGCUGCAAGAGACCAUUGAGGAGAAAACCAAGAUUGAAAUUGGGGAUGUUAUCCAAGUCAGAGGCUCCAUCCGCACGUUCCGAGAAAAGCGAGAGAUUCAUGCCACCCUUUAUUACAAAGUGGAUGAUCCAGUGUGGAACAUUCAAAUCGCAAGGAUGUUGGAGAUGCCUGCUCUCUACAGGAGCAUUUACAACCAGUCCUUCAGCAACCCCAUCCUGAGCAAAGCUCUGAGCAGCAGUCCAGGUGCUUUGAAUCUUGCCGGUCUCACAUCUUUGUUGAGUGAGAAAAUCAAAGAAUUCCUGCAGGUGAAGAGAGUGCCAACUUUCUAUCAGCAGGAGUUGGAAAUAGAGGAAUCUUUGCUGUCUGUGGCCAGUCAGCCUGUGAAGCAGGAUGCCUGCUCUGGCCAGGUUGGGGUAAAGAGCAACACCACUUCCAAGGAAAUCCAUAGUGUAUUUAAGAAUGCAAUACAACUGCUGCAGGAAAAAGGACUCGUUUUCCAGAAAGAUGAUGAUUUUGAUAAUCUAUACUAUGUGACCAGAGAAGACAAAGACCUGCACAAAAAGAUCCAUCGGCUUAUUCAGGAAGACUGCCAGAAACCGAAUCAUGCGGAGCAGGGCUGCCAUGUCAUGCACAUCCUGGCCUGUGCACGGCUGAAGCUCUACCAGGGCCUCAGCAAGGCGGCACUGCAGCAAGUGCUGGAGCUCCUGGAGGACCGCAGUGACAUUAUCAGCACCAGGGAGCAUUACUACAUGGCCCUGUGAGCAGAGGCCUGCAGAGCUGCUGAGGAGCAAAGACAGGGUGGUAGCCACUGCCAGACUUUGGUCAUAGGCAUUGUAUGAGGACACCAUUACCUCAUAGUAAACUCUCUAACUGUCACUCGGGGAGAGCAUGAUUGCCUUCCACUCGCUGUGUGCUCUGCUGUGAUCCAGUGACUGAUCUCAACUACAGCACAAGGAAACCCUCCUUUUUAAGCUCCUGACUGGAGUACAUCAGUCCAGGAGGGAAUAGUGUUGGUGGAUUAAUUGCUGGAUCUGUGGUUUGGGGCCCUGUUCUGGUGGAGGGCUGUCACAGCAAAAGGUCCCUACACUGCAAGAACUGAAAAGCCUAUGGUCAGAUCACCCCAUCCGGAACCUUCUUCAGACUCCCAGCUAUCGGAUACGCCCCUGCCCAGCUCUCCUGAUGUGUUGAGAGUCAGUGUUCCUGGGAAUCUGGCACCUGCAGUGGGGCCUGAGGCAUGGGUUGCGGCUGUUAAUAGACAGAUCUGCAAAUGGGAAAAAUAAGAAUUCUAGACAUGGCUCUGCAUUUUUUUUUUCUCUGACUUGAAAGCUCUCUCAGAACAUUUCUCUGUACUCUCAGAAGUACAUAACUAAGUGCUUGGCCCUUCAGUGCCCCGAAGAUGCAAAGGCUUGUCAGCAAGUUCCUAGCUGACGGUUGCAAGGUUGCUGUUGAGUGUGUAGGACAUGCUGACACUCUCCAAGACUCAGUAUGUGCCCAGACAGGUGAGGGAGUCCUGCUUUGGCCCAGAACAACAAGGUAAAGGGAGAACAGUGGGCUUGUUCUAACAGCAGAUGACACAUCCAGCCAGCAGACAUAGAGUGUGGAGAAAGCUUUGGAGUUAAUUACAGUCAUUUCACAGAAGGCACAUCUGCCACAGUUUGCUGUACUGGCUCUGGACGUAAUGGAGUCGGGUGGCUCAGCUGGAGAUCCUGCCAGCCCAAGAGCUGUUCCACCCUCGUGGAUGGGUGGCUUUUACUUUCACAAACCAGUCUGAGCCAGACCUACCAGGCAGAGAACUGGAGCCGGCAGAUCUGAUGAUGCAUAUAGCUGUGUGUCCCCUCUAUGCCUGGAAGGCCCGGCUAGAUGGCAUUUGCAUGGAAUGUUGUCCCAGCACUUCUUCAGCAGCAGCUGUUCCAUGUUGACUGCAUCUCUCAUUAGUGCAGCUUCCCAGGAGAGAGUCUAGAAUCAGAACAUCAAAGGGCAUAGAGUGGCUCAGAGCAACCCUAUCCUAGGGAUUCAUCCCCGAGAGACAUCCUCACAGAGAUGAAAAAAAAAAAAAAGAUCAAUGCACAAGA